AUGAAGACACCCGACAUACCAGCCUACCGCCAUAUGGAAGCCUACUUCGGACCAAGUGACCAGCCCAAGUUUCGAGGUCGCCGACAACUCUACCUGACGAUUACCGACUCCGAAGACCCGCUGAUCUUUAUCUUUUGCGCUGCCACGCGCAAGACCGGAAGGAGUGGAAGAGACUCAUUCAGUCCCUCCUAG